UGCAGGCCCUUGGGUAUAGUAUCUAUUACCAACACAUACAUUCACCUAACCCAGCAUGACAGUCGGCGCCGAGUCCACGGGCCACGGGCAGACGGUGUGCGUCACCGGCGCCGGCGGGUACAUCGGCUCGUGGAUGGUCAAGCUCCUCCUGGAGAAGGGGUACGCCGUGCGCGGCACCGUCAGGAACCCCGAUGACGCGAAGAACGCGCACCUGAGGGAUCUCGCCGGCGCGGCGGAGAGGCUGGUGCUGUGCAAGGCCGACCUGCUCGACGGCGACGCGCUGCGCGAAGCCAUCGCCGGCUGCCACGGCGUCUUCCACACCGCGUCCCCGGUUACCGACGAUCCAGAGGAGAUGGUGGAGCCGGCGGUGAGGGGCACGCUCUUCGUCAUCGACGCUGCGGCGGAGUCUGGCACCGUCCGCCGCGUCGUGCUGACGUCGUCGAUCGGCGCUAUUGCCAUGGACCCCAACCGCGGCGCCGACACCGUCGUCGACGAGUCCUGCUGGAGCGACCUCGAGUUCUGCAAAAAGACCAAGAACUGGUACUGCUAUGGGAAAACGGUGGCGGAGCGGGCGGCGUGGGAGGCGGCGGCGGCGCGCGGGGUGGACCUGGUGGUGGUGAACCCGGUGCUGGUGCAGGGCCCGGCGCUGCAGCCGGCGGUGAACGCCAGCCUAACGCACGUGCUCAAGUACCUCAACGGCUCCGCCAAGACGUAUGCCAACGCCGUGCAGGCGUACGUGGACGUCCGCGACACCGCCGCGGCGCACGUCUGCGUCUUCGAGGCCCCCGCCGCCGCCGGGCGCUACCUCUGCGUCGCCGACGGCGCCGUGCUCCACCGAGAGGACGUCGUCACGAUCCUCCGCAAGUUCUUCCCCGAGUACCCCACCCCCAGCAGGUGCUCCGACGAGGUGAAUCCGAGGAAGCGCCCGUACAAGAUAUCGAACCAGCGGCUCCGUGACCUGGGGCUCGUCUUCACGCCGGCGGCACAGUGCCUCUACGACACCGUCGUCAGCUUCCAGGACAAGGGAGUCCUCCCAGUCCCGGCACAGCACAGCCAUGCUUAAUUAAUUGAAAGAUCAGACACAGCUUCUAAGAAGCAAAAAAUUGUUAUGUGUGGAUAGGUGAAGUCUCUCGCUAUGUAUGGACGUGUGAUUUUUGUGUCAGCAAGCUGUUCAAGUACUCCCUCUGCGACUUUUUAUAAGCCGUUUUUGUAAAUAAAUUAGGGGAUGCAAACGGCACAGUAACAAUUCGAAUUAUUAUUGGCAUGCCGUUUUGUUGUUCUCCUAAUUAAAUAAAUGGGUUGAAAACAUGAAA